AGAGAAAAGAGAAAUAUCACUGAUUUGCCAGGCUUAGACUCAAAUGGAGUCAGUCAAGAAAUGAUAGACAAAGCCCUUGGGAAACACAUUACACCCAUCACCCUCAAAUCCACAAUCAAAAGCAACCCCUUGUAUAAUGAUAUUCAGGUGGAUGAUGACUGGAAGGAGAAGAAAAAGACCCCUUCCAGGACGGUGCAAGACUAUGACAGGCACUCACUGCACUCUAACUUGGCCAGCCACAUGAAGGAAAAUCCUAAUGAUCUACAGUUCUGGAUGGGGGAUGUUUAUACUCCUGGAUAUGAUACCUUGUUAAAAAAGAAAGAGAGAGAAAAAAACCAUUCCAAAUGUUGCCAAAUCAUCCUGCUCAUGGUACUAGCUGUUUGUAUCUUGAUUACUGUAGUCAUGCUCAACAUUUUACUUACUUAG